AUGUACUACCAAUCGAAUGUAUCAAAUAUUUCGAAGUGCGACAAAAGCAAUCAUUUGGCUCAUUUUGUAUUUUUAAUUAGUACUGCAAGCGCAAUCAUCCAAACCUUAUGCGCAGAAAGAUUAUUAUCAAUUACACCGUGUGCCUAUCCGUUACUGUCGGAUACAAUUCAUUGUGGCAUCGAUGAUGCAAAUUUAAGGAAAAGUGUUCGAGUAUGUGACCCUGAUAAGGUGAUUAGCAUGUCAGAAAUAGAAGUUAUCAAAAACAAACUCGAUAGUAUAUACAAUCGUAAAAACAAAUCUUGUAUUUGUGCAUCUGAUCAGGAAAAGCCAUGUUGGUUCCGAUUUGGCUUUGCAUUUUUAAGGCGAAUGUUUCCAGUGGAAUCUGGUGUUUCACACCUGUACAGUCGUGAAUUUUGUCCAACCAAUAAAACAUUGUUGAGUUACAAGAAAACUUAUACAUUAAUGGAUUCGACAAGAGAAUCGAUAAUAAAUUACGGUAAAAAUUUUGCACGUUUAUUACGUGAACGUUGGUUAAUGGGUGAAUGUGACGAGGACAUUCUGUUUUUUAUCUUACUUAAAAGGCCGAAUCAGCUUAUGCGUAGGAGCACAUUAUCGUAUUUAGCAUCCGGAACAGCACAGCAAACACCGGUGAGUUUCCGGAAAACGACUUUAAGAAUGGAUAUAUCUAUCUGUUGUACAAGUUUUCGACAAAAUUAUAUUUUUGCAUCAUACGGUUCAUUGGUUCGAGAAAAGAUUGACCCCUUCCAUUCACUGCCAAAUAAUGACCUCUCGAUGAAUCAACAACAACGACAACAUUACUUCGAUCCAUUGCAAGAAAUUAUUGAAGCUGAAAAUAUAAAUUUUGAAAAUGGCUAUUCCUUGAAAGUGGUGACAGAAAACCUGUUGGAUCGAUUUGAGGCAACGCUCUCUCAAGAAUAUACGUUGCCACGUGCUCGAAGUCAUAUACCGGACUGGGCAAUGAUUGUAUUUAUCAUAUGUGCCUUGCUUUGUCUACUGAUGACAGUCGGUUUAUGUUUGAUGCAAACGUCAGUGCGACGCGGAUCACCGCGCGGUAAGCCGGCUGAUACGACGAGGAGAUGGAAGGCCGGAUUCGUUGGCGAAAAUAUGGAAGGAAUACCGACGGGUGGUGUAAAUUUGAUGCAAAUGAUGAUUCAGCCAUCACUUCGCUACAACAGCAAUACAACCGGCAUAAAUCAUCGCUAUCAAUUGGUCUGA